AUGCGCCUCCCAUACGUCGCCGAUCCGCCACCAACCAGCACGCCUGAAGAGGCUGAAAUUCUCGCCCGAGUGCAGACCCGACGUGCCCCCAAUGGCCUUCUACCACUAGAUCGGGCGCUUCUGCACUCAUUCCCAGUCGCAGACGGGUGGAAUUCAUUUCUGGGUGCAAUUCGUCAGCGGACCAGUCUCAGUUCGGUGAUCCGUGAGCUCGUCAUCUCCCGCGUGGCCAUAGUCAACGGCGCCCUGUUCGAGUGGGAGCAGCACUCGCCCUUGCUAUCACAGGCUGGACUGAGUGAUGCAGCGCUUCAAGUCGUUGAGGACGCGGACGCCGAUAUCGCUGCAAAGGUUUUAGAGGGAGUAUUGACUCCUGCUGAGGGCGCUGUUUUGUCAUACACCGAUGCUAUGACGAAGACUGUUACUGUGCGAGACGAAAUUUUUGAGGCAGUUAAGGAGCGGUUCAACGAGCGAGAGGUGGUUGAGAUCACGGCAACUGCUGCUGCAUAUAACUGCUAUGCAAGGAAGGCUCAAUCUAUUAUCUAA